CCCCCUCCUACCAGCAACUCGUUGUAAGGGAAAGCCUCAUCGAUAUCUCACCGUCCUCGUCAUUUUUACAAUAUCUGACGGCUCCUGUUGAUGUCGUUACCUACUCCCCCAAAAUCAUCUCACCGAGAGGAGAAAGAGAAUCGAACGCAGGCGUCUGGAUGUCGCGUCGUAUGGUCUCAACACAACCAAUAUCAUAGUCUGUCGGCUCCCCCACGAGGCCCGACAUUCUGCAGUGCCACUAAAGAACCCCCUGCUAAAUCGAUUCUCAAGAAAUCUUCUUUCCCACUCCUUCCCCUGGAGAACGAAUGCGAGCAGCGCGAGUUUACUCCAGAACCUUCCAACCCUCUCGGUGAUCCCACUUACCUGAAUACCCCGAUCAUCACCAUCAUAUCUGACUCAGAUCACAAGCUGAGCGAGCUGAUCCAAGCCUAUUCGGUGCUUGCGGCACGACUCAGAGCCUAUGUCCACGAAAGAACAGACGGGUCGUGCACGAUAUUCACGCCCUUGAAGAAGAGCCGCGAAUUCGUCUUGAAAAGCAUACUUCGUGAUCUUGGUCGUGCUCUGGUGAAUCCAGUAGUAUCUGAGGAACGUGAUUCAGCUCGAGUCGUCACCCUCUUGCCUUCGCCUACGAACAGUCCAAAGAAGAAAAGGGGCAUGACUGCUGAGCAGGCCAAGUUGGCCAGGGAUUUAUGUACGCUAUCACAUAGCGUGCUCAAACUUAUAGGGUUGGUGUUUACUCUUCGUGUCGUGUAUCAGGUCUUUUCAGACGCCGAGCUUGGACAAAUAUUGACAGCAGUUCUGGCCAUACCCUUGGCCGACGCGCUGCCAACACCGAACGCUCGAAAAACCUGUGCAUUGGCCAUUUGUGUGAUCCAGACACAACGCCUUCCCUCGUCGGUCCUCUUGGGAGCGAAGGACAGAAUAGCUUACGCCUUGCGGCGAGGCAUUGAUGGCGAGCUUGGAAAGGAAGGCAAACGAGGGUCCGCUAGCGAUGGAUUGAAGGCAGUUCAUGACCUUGCUAUUUAUCAGCCGGAAACGUUCAUUCCUGCCUUCUCUCAGCUGAUAGAUUCUGUCCUCAACAAUCUCCUUGGUCCCAGUCUUGCUCUGCGCAUCAACGCUUGUCAUGCCCUCGGAGGUCUUGCCAUUGCUAGCGCAGAGACUCCUCUCUCCCAAAACCACGUCCGCAUAGCAUCUGCUAUCGCGUCAUUUCUCCUGAACAUUCCCACAAAAACUUCACCAACCAAAUCUACGCCUUCCAGCAAAUCCAAUCUCGCAGAAUCUCCCAUUUGUCGUACGCUCAGAACCACCCUGAACAACGAAAGUCCUUCCCACGUAGCGCAAGGACCAGUCUGGGCAUUGAGUGUCUUAGCGAGUUUCUCUGUCCUUCUUGGAUCCUCCCUUUUCAAGGAUUCGCGGUUGAGCCGGGCGAUCACUUCCCUCCUAUCGAUACCGCUCCGACACAAGAAGAGCUCUAUUCGUUGUCUCGCGUGCAUCGUGUGGAGGUCCUUAACCUGGGCCCAUUUCCAACCAGCGUACUCCGAUCCAGAUGGCGAGUCGGAAGUCGAGGGCGAAGACCACAAGUCUCAAAAUCAAUCAUGCCACACCGCUGCUAACAACUGGAAAAUCUUACAGGCUGUCCUUACCAUGGGCACUGGCACCUCCAUUUUGGCAGCGUGUGUGGGAUCUGGUCCAGAGACUGACGACGAAGGCCUUCGCCGAGUGAUCCAGCUCCUUGAGCUCAUGAUUCGCAAGAACCCCGACACACUGAAGGAUGCUAUGCAGGUCAUCAUUCAAUUACUCUCGCUAUCUCCGUCCAAACGCCAGUGGGAUAUGAAUAACUUGCUGCCGCGCUCUUUGUUUUCAGGUGUACCUGGCCUACUCACUACGGAUUUCAGCCAACUGCAACCGAUUGUUAGGCAAGCCUACGAUGCAUGCACGAGUGCGGAUGAUGUCAGGCCUUUAACUUGCGAUGAGCUUUCCCGACAUGGCAUCUUGGAUGAAUUCUUCCAUUUAUGGCAAAGAGCCGCCUACCUGCACGACGUGUUCGAAAAAGAUUUGGAUCUAGUGAAAGAAGGCUGGAUAGCACUGCUGAAUGCAGCCAUGGCGAUAUAUGAAGAUGGAACGGAAGAGAGCAGCGAGGUCGUGGCGCAGAAGGUGGCGCAUACAAUUCAGCAACUUUUAUCUGGUGAUAUUACAUAUGGUUCACCUAAUUCAAGUGUCGAAUUACCGACUUCCAAGUUCGACCCUCAAUCUGCAUUUGCAAGGAUGCUCAAGCUUUUGCAGGAAUUGUGGAGCAUUGCACGUAACACCCUUCCAUGCGACAAUCUCGAUCGCCAUGCAGAUUCUCUGCUACGAUGCUUGGUCAAGUAUGAAGAGGAGAUGAAUGUGGAUGAGAAGAGUUCACGAGGAGAGUGGGCAGCUUUCUGUGUGGAACUGAGUCUGGCUUGUGGCGGCGUGGAUGCUUUCUGGAACGAUACCGCGGCAACCAAGUGGGAUUGGUCUGUGGAGAUUCGAAGCCGCGUUUGGAGCAUCUUCGUUCGCAGGGUGCAAGCGGAUCGGCGAGGAGCUUGGGAUGAUGCUUUGUUGUUGCUUAGCCUGCCGUUCAGGGACCCUAAUGCAUGGGAUUUGAGCGGCGAAGACCUCGACACAUGGGAAGGACUAUUGAGAUUUGGGCUAGAAAAAGCCCGGGAUAUUGGUUUCGAUGACCUUACUGCCCUUAACGAAGUCGCCGAAAACCUUCAUCAGCCUACGUUUAGCUCCUGCGGACGUAUUGCAGAAAUGCUUCUGACGAGGUGCCAGCUGUCUGAGGGCGACGCAUUCCCCAGUGUUCUCGUCGAGUUUAUCACGGAUACACUUCGCUCUCGCUAUCCCCCCAAACCUUCCGAGGUCACCUCUUCAUUAUGGAUCAUGCGCCCCCUUCGGGAAAUGAUCGAGACCUGUCCUAAGAGUCUGACUCAAUCGCUUUUGGAGAUCCUUCAGGAAGGCAUUUCUUUAUGGGUUUCCGACGAAUAUGAAGUUAUGGCGGAGUUGGAUUACGGCGAAGUGGUAAAUCUGUACGAGUCAAGUCUUCGAAGUAUACCGGAGUCUCUGGAGGCUUACGAAGCCCUGGCACCUCUCCUUGAAGCUGUAUUCUUAGGCCGCCCCGACAAGCCAUCCGCGUUGGAAGCUUUUGAGAACUUCUGGAACGACAGCUCGUAUUCCUCCAUUGUCGACAGUAACGACUGGCCAGCAAAGAUCCAGGAACAUUUCGGUGCAGCGACGCAAGAAGUGCCAGAGGCUCUUGACUUGCCACCCUCCUCACCACCUUCGUCUGACGAUGGUCUUGAGGCCGAGUCGACCCCCAACAUCGACAUUCUCUCGCUGUUACCCGCCCCGGUCAUUCUAUCAACACCUCCCAAACACACCCGUACUUCCUCAACGGCGCCUCCUUGUCUCAACCAGACCCCCACCUACUACUCACCCGUCUUCACACCGACGCCCUCUAUUCCGUCAACAUAUGCUACGCCACGCGAUGCUAUGGCUUUGGUACGAAGUCCUCUUCUUAUUAGCCCUCGUGUCAAGAGGCGUAGGACGGAGAACAAAGAAAACGAGUCACCGAAUGUAUUACUCGGUCACACUAGACCUGUCUUCGCGAGUCCACCUCAGAAGCGACGUUUGUCAAAAGAGAACGAUGACGAUAGGCCACUGAAACGAGUUAGGAUUGACACGGCGACGCUAAGUUCGAUACCCAAACUUAAACUGUCCGUUGAACCCACCAAAGCAUGCGAUGAUGAAGAAGCAGUCGAGGAGAUGCUUAUUCCUCGAGACAGCAUAAGUCCCCGGAAGGACGUUUUUGGGGUGCCGCUACAGCGGACGAACUCGAGGAAGCGGAAAGCUAUCAUGCUCGAUGCGGUCGAGAUUUUUACUUUCCAGGAGUUUGAGCGACGGAGGACAUCACCGCGAAAGCCGGUGAAAGCUAGUAGCCAGACUGCUUUACCCCGAACGCCUCGAACGCCUCAACGGAAAGCUAUUGAUAUGUCAUCUUCGCCUACAAUACCCGACGUUUUGGAUCUGAACAGUGAUGAUUCCAUCAUGUUGGGUCGUUCAUCUCCCGUGAAGGACCCCAAACAGUCGUCCUCUGACGACGACCCUCAUCUUGGUCAAGUUACGCCUCAUCAUCUCAUUUCCCCCAUUCUUAAGCGAGCGAAGCGCAGUUACGACGAAGAUCCACCUAGCGACGAUUCAAUCACAUUGGGUAGUCCAUCGAAAGCCGUGGUCCUUCGUAGGAUGCAGCGGUUAGGUUCUGCGACGGGACGGAUCGCAUGAAGAUUCUUAUUUUUCCUUUCUCUCUAUCGAGUACUGUUUCCAAGUCAUUAUGCAUGUUUAUUCGGAUCCAUUAUCAUUCACGUAUUGUGUAUCAUUUGGUUUGUAGCACUCUGUAUUUUUCAGGAUUGGAUUAUUUUUUAGAACGGCUAAUAUUGAGACCGGGGUAGUUUCGGUAGCCGGAACAACCUUGCGCCACCGACC